CUCUUCCUGAAAGGGGGGCGGGGAGCAGCAGCUCAUUUGCAUUUAAAGAGACACACACACGAAAACCACGUGAUGUUGAUUCCACCCAAAAAGAGACAUUUACAACAUACAUUUACAACAAAACUUCAUAGACACAUUCUGGGGACACCUGAGACUUAUAUUACAUCUUGUAAAAAGGGGCAUAACAGGUCUCCUUUAAAUUACUUCUGCUUUUGGGGAUGUCCAAGUUCUGCAUGUCAUGUCUUAUAAGGGGUGAUAAAAAUAUCUCUGAUCUCAUAGGAAAUUAGAUGAGAAACCUCAGACCAGCCACACCAUUUACCAGCUACUUUAUUAAAACCUCACAAACCAAAGAGCUCAGAUACAUACAGCGGAGAUGUCUCAGAUACAUACAGCAGAGAGUGUUUAUGACACUAUAGACAUUGAUUUGGCAGAGGAGAUGAAGAGACAAGAUGGUCAGCAGAUGACUAUUUAUGCCAAUGCAGACAACAAAAGCCGUCAUAAUGUCAGGACAGAGACAGAGGACACAAAGAGACACAAAACACCUCAACGUACAGGAAGUGAGUGUGUGAGGAACAGAAACUUCAGAACAGCUACAGUGUGUUUGGGGCUGCUGUGUGUUCUUCUGCUGACCGCAGUCAUAGUGCUGUGUGUCCAACUCUUUAGAAAGACAGACCAGUUUAACACCAACAAUAAAAACAUAUUUGAAGAGAGAGACCAGCAUCUUACCUGGAAUUCCAAUCUCACAGAAGAGAGAGACGAGCUACUCACCAAUAACAACAACCUCAUUACAGAGAGAGACCAGCUUCUUACCAGGAAUACCAAACUCACAGAAGAGAGAGACGAGCUACUCAACAACAAUAAAAACUUAAAUCAGGAGAAGAAUGAACUGCAGAAGACUCUUCGUGAACUGGAUGGAUGGAUUUACUAUCAAUCGAGUUUUUACUACAUUUCCUCUGAGAAGAAGAGCUGGAGUAAAAGCAGAAGAUACUGUACAGAGAGAGGAGCAGAUCUGGUGAUCAUUAACAACAUAGAGGAACAAAAUUUUCUUAAGAAACAUUCUGGUGAAGAAAUCUGGAUUGGUCUGACUGACAGUGAGAAUGAAGGCACGUGGAAAUGGGUGAAUGGCAAAACACUGAACUCUGGGUUCUGGAUGGCUGGACAGCCCAAUGGUCAAAGAACAGAGAACUGUGCUUUAAUUAUAUCGUCAGAGUGGCAUGAUUAUCCAUGUAAUGAUGCCUUUAAAUGGAUUUGUGAGAAGAACAUUUAGAAAUGUCAUGACAUCAAAUACAUGUUUAUUUUGUAAACUGUGAAUAUCCAGAAUUGAUUGUCAUUCAUGAGGACCAGGCAUUAUGAUAAGUGAUUCAAGACAAUCGAAAGUACAACAUGGAACCACAACUGUAACAAGGCAAAAAAAAAAAAAAAAUAUAUAUACUGUAUGUGCAACAUAUCUAUUAAAUGCUAUUUAAUUAUACAUCAAAACUUCAGUUUUAAAUUGAAUAAUACGUUUAUUAAAGUACUGGCGACCUGUCCAGGGUGUCCCCCGCCUUUCGCCCAAUGUUAGCUGGGAUAGGCUCCAGCCCCCGCGACCCUGUACACAGGAUAAGCGGUUGACGAUGGAUGGAUGGAUGGUUUAUUAAAGUUUUCGAUAAAUACACUCAAUAUUUUUUUUUUCAUUAUUCUGUCCUGUGUUUGAAUGUUUGCAUCUGAUGAAUCAGGAUGAGAUGGAUUAAAAUGCAGAAAUAUAUUUAAUAACAAACUUCCAAAAACACAGAGGGCAAAUCCAGAGAAGCGUCGUAACACAGAAUACAGGUCAAAAGCCAGGAGAUCAGGUGAAUAAACAAACAGGCGGAACAGGGCAGGGAAAAACAAACAUGAGAAAGAAUGGACAGAUAAACUACAAGAGUUUAAACUAUAAACUAAAGGUGAACUGGCAAGGUAAGAGUCCAAAAAACAGCGCAGGUGAAACUAAUACUCAGGGGAUUGAGAGCGAGUGUGGGAACUGGAAGACGUGGGGUGGAUUGUGGAACUGGAUUCCAUGACAGCAUCUAAUGUUGUCAAUGAACUUGACUAUGGAGGAAGAACUGAAGAAGUUGUGAUCAUACUGUAGUUAUGUAGGCUGAGAUUUUUAUGCAGGGCUGUUGAAUUUUUUUAUUUUAUAAUGUCUGGAUUUUGAUCAUUCGCAAUGAUGAGAAGCAAAAAGAUCAUUCCCUCAUUAAAGAUGUUA